UUAAAAUGCCUCAGAUUUGACAUUUGCUGGUUGACGAUGUCGCGAUAGCCUGCCUCACCAGUCCGAAAGCAGCCGAAAUGUUGAAUAAACAUUUUCAGUGAGUUGAAGCGGUGCGAGAAAAAAAAAGACCAAUCUGCAAUCAGCUACAUCAAGCGUCGCCCACAGCAGUGCGCAUGCGCGACUGGUGCCAUGAAGGUAAAGGUGAUCUCCAUCCUGGAGGACAACUACAUGUACCUUGUGAUUGACGAGCAGAGUAAAGAGGCCAUCGCCGUGGACCCUGCUGUGCCCCACCGGCUGUUAGAAAUAGUGAAGAGAGAGGGCUUGUCACUUAAGGCAGUUCUUACCACACAUCAUCACUGGGAUCAUGCUCGAGGGAACGAGGCUCUGCUGAAGGAGGUUCCAGGGCUGAGGGUGUACGGGGGAGACGAUCGCAUCGGAGGGCUGACUGACAAAGUCUCCAAUGCUCAGGAACUCAAGUUUAACUCCAUCAAUGUGAGGUGCCUAUUUACUCCCUGCCAUACCUCUGGUCACAUGUGCUACUUUGUUUGGGAGGAUGAGUGCACUGACGCCCCUGCUGUGUUCACAGGGGACACACUGUUUGUCGGUGGCUGCGGGCGAUUCUUUGAGGGCACGGCCGAACAGAUGUACCACAACCUGACCCAGGUGCUGGGCUCUCUACCUCAAGACACGAAGGUGUUCUGUGGACACGAGUACACCAUUAAGAACCUGAAGUUUGCCAUGUUAGUGGAGCCAGAGAAUGAGAAGGUGAAGGAGAUGCUGAGCUGGGCCAGGGCCAGAGACGAUGAUGACAAACCUACAGUGCCGUCUACAUUAAUGGAGGAGUUUGAGUACAAUCCUUUCCUCAGGCUCUCGGAGGAAGGAGUGCAGAAGUUCACAGGGAAGACAGACCCCAUAGAGGUGCUGAGAGUCCUACGGAGAGAGAAGGACAAGUUUAAGAAGCCCAAGGAGAGAGUUCCUCCCCACGCCAUGUUGGCUCUGGAGUGGGGGCUGCUCAGACCCUGAGGUCCAGCCAGGUCUGGAGCUCUUAACAUGGGACGUACUGGGCUACCAGUUGUUGCCAGUGAGGCCUGCAGUUUGGGUAACAGCAAGUUGUCUUUGUUGGAGUGGUGCAGUGAGACACCAUGCAAGACUGGAAAGUGCAGAAACCAGCCAUCUUGGAUGAUGCUGUAUAUGAUACACCUGUUCAACCAUGUUGCAGAGCAGAUCUCAUUCAUUUGCAAUGGGAUGUAGCACAAAGCAAAUCCAUUUUUAACCUGGUUGCAAGCAACUAAUUAUAUUUAAGUUGCUUUAUAUUAUCCUAAAGGUAUUUAAUUUAUACUGAUUUGGUCCUGGGUGUGUUAUUUUAGAAUUUCUAAAACCAUGGCUUGCACAAAAACACCAGUCAGUGUAAAGUUGCUUCCAUUAACUACUUUAAAAAAAUUAUUUAAUUUAAGGGCCAGUCUCCCAGCUCAUUCUGCACAAGGCAAGGCCUGCUAGUGCCGAUGGGACUUAAUGUCUAAUGUGUCUUACAAAUUAUUUAUCACAGUAAAUAAUUGGUAUAAUUUUUUUCUGGCCUAUCUGAUUUGUACUUUCCUUGAUAUGCACUUAUGCACUCAUAAUGGAUGUUUGUUCCCUGCUGGGUAUUGCAUUUUACCUAAUUUAUCUGAGUCACUUUAACUAAAUUCAGAUUUUGUAUGUAUUUCCAAUUGCUUACUGUCACGGUGAAACGCUGCUAAAUUGGUGUACAAUCGUGUAUAAUUUAAAUAACUGAUCUGCUACAUAGACCACACACAGUGUGAAGGUACAGGACUGUCUGAGAAGUUGCAUUUGUACACUAACCACAGGGAUAGGGAAAAAAAAAGUGUUGAUCACAAAAAUAUGAAUGUAAAUUGCCAAGUUUUCAUCCCCAAGUUUACAUCCCACA